CAACCUUACCUGUUCAUGGUGGGGGUCUAACUGAAACAGCAAAACCAAGAAAACUUUUUUUAAAUAAAGCUUAAAAGAAAGAAAGUUGAUGGCAGAAAGCAAUAGCUUUUUCUUCUUCUCCAUGUUCCCUUCCCUCUCUCUCUGAUCCCCAUUUUCCUUUGUGUAGUGUUAUCAGUAAAGCUGAAUUUCCCCUCCCCCACUAGCUACUCCAAGCCAAGCCCUCCACCACCUGUACAGCUAAAGCAAGAUUGAUUGAUUUGUUUUUUCACUUCAAACUCCAUCACCCACGCAACACAUAUAGUGAACUGCAACCAUCACUAUGUUAGACAACAACUCUUCAAUUUCUGCUGCACCCCUUCCAUCUUCCUCCUCUGAUCCCCUCACUCCUUUGGAAAAUGGGGCCACCCAUAAAAGAAAAAGAAAGCCAGCAGGCACCCCAGAUCCUGAUGCAGAGGUGGUUUCUUUAUCUCCAAAAACGUUGCUGGAAUCGGAUAGAUAUGUUUGUGAGAUCUGCAACCAAGGGUUUCAAAGAGACCAGAACCUGCAAAUGCAUAGGAGAAGGCAUAAGGUGCCAUGGAAGCUGCUGAAAAGGGAAUCACAAGAGGUGAAGAAGAGGGUGUUCGUUUGCCCCGAGCCAACCUGCUUGCACCAUGACCCUUGCCAUGCUUUAGGUGAUCUGGUUGGCAUCAAGAAACAUUUCCGGCGGAAACACAGCAAUCAGAAACAGUGGGUUUGCGAGAAAUGCUCUAAAGGUUACGCUGUUCAGUCUGAUUACAAGGCUCAUCUCAAGACUUGUGGCACCCGAGGCCAUUCUUGUGACUGUGGCCGUGUCUUUUCCAGGGUGGAGAGUUUCAUUGAACACCAAGAUGCUUGCACCAUUCGACGAGUUCAACCUGAGUUGCAGGCGCAGCUGCAACCUGCAGCAGCCUGCUCCUCUCGAACGGCUUCAAGCACUAGUCCUUCAAGCGAUGCCAACUUUAGCAUCGCCCCAUUGCAUGGAUUGCCGAUAACAAAAUCAACGGAGCCUGUUUUCUUGUACAAGCGUGUGUCUGGUUCAGACCAUCAGCGCCAACAACUGCAACACAAUCUUGAACUUCAACUUCUACCUUCAUCAACCGCUAACUCGAGGGAUUCAGAUGAGGAGUACGCUACACAUUUGAAGCUAUCGAUAGGGUCCAACGACGGUGGUGAAAAGAAUGCAAGUGAAACGACAUUAGAAGCUACUAGGUUGAAAGAGUUCGCAAGUGGGCAGCUAAAGUUGGCCAUGGCCGAGAAGGCCUACGCCGAAAAGGCUAGACAAGAAGCUAAGAGGCAGAUCGAGAUGGCUGAGCUUGAGUUCGCUAGUGCAAAGAGGAUAAGGCAACAAGCGCAAGGUGAACUGGAGAAAGCUCAAGCCUUGAAAGAUCAAGCCACAAAGAAGAUAAGUGCUACAAUCAUGCAGAUCACUUGUCAAACUUGCAAGCAUCAGUUCCAAACAUCAACAGCUGCUGGUCCAGAUGAUGAGACCUCACUUGCUAUGAGUUACAUGUCUUCAGCCACAACAGAAGGGGAAGGAGAGUGACGGCAAGUUGAUCAUGCAAUGAUAAAUGAUCAACCCCCAUUAGCCCUUAAAUCUCUUUGUUCUUUGAUCUGCAUGUUGAGUUUUUCUUUGCUUUGUCAACUAGUUUUUCUUCACUUAUUCUAACCACUACGUGGAUUUGAUAUAAGAAAAAGAAGAAGAAAAUGGUCGUUUUAA